AUGUCAGAAACAAAAAUGAAAAAUAUAAUUUUAUUAUUGCUUUUACUAUCACUAGUCACAAUUGUCAAUUCAGUUUUUUUACAAAAAAUUCAUCCUCAAGAAUAUUCUUUACAACUUGAUAAUAAUGCUUUCACAGUUUCAAGAACCAUAACAGAUUGUAGUAAAAGUGAAGAUAUUCUUCAAAUUGAAUAUAUUAAUUUGAAACCUGAUCCACCAGCCAAAGGAAAACUACUCUUUGUUGACGCUGCUGGAUUCUUAAAGGAAACAAUAUUGAACGGUAGUUAUGUUGAUGUGGUUGUUAAACUUGGUUCAGUCAAUAUUAUUGAUGAAAAAAUGGACUUGUGCGAAAAAUCAGCCGAACAUGCAGAAAUAAAUUGUCCAAUCAAGAAAGGUCAUCGUGAAUUACACCGUGAAUUUGAAAUACCCAACACUAUUCUCCCGGGAACUUAUAUUGCUGAUAUUAAUGCAUAUACAUCUGACGGUCGUAAAAUUUUAUGCCUAAAGGUUACGGUAACAUUUGGGUUUUAUUCGAGAAACUGUCUAGCUUACAAUUGA